GGGCGCCCCUUUGGAAUACAGUGCCGCUGUGCUAUGUGGUCUGUUUUUUUCAAUCCAUCACAUGGUUCUGCUGUGCUGUGGAGCGGAGCACAGAUGGAACAAGCUUGUGAAACCAGAAGCAAAUCUCACGGCUUUUCAUGAAGCAUAAACGAAAAUAGAUUAACCGCUCACGCUUUUUGCAAAUUGAAAAGCUGGGGGAAGCAACACAAUAUUGCAAUGCUGCAUGCACGUUGCGCAAAUCAGAGAUUGUGACCUCCGCUAGCCGUUUGCCCGCGUACUUAUUGAAAGAGCAUUGAGUAGAGCGGGGUCUAAAAAUGAACAAGACGAGAUGCUGGGAGUCACCGCACUUUGGAAACCUUUGAGAUACUGAUUCUUGGGAGUAAAUACUUUUGAGUGGAGUCUAUCCAUGGCCUCUUUGCUGACUGGCUCGAAGGGAACCCCAGUGUCUCCCUCACACGGCAAGGACCUGCUCCUGGGGACUGUCGCUGCCGCCUCUGCUUUCCUGGUCGCGGCUCUCAUUGUACUGCUGUGUGUAGGAUGCAAAAAGAAAGGGAAGACAAAGAAGGUCCCGAUUGAUGGGGUGAAACUGGUGGACAUGUCUUUGCUCAGACAGACACAACUCCGGUCCAUCAGCAAAUCUGAUACAAGACUUCAUGAGAUGAAGAAGAUACCGUGCAAUGGGAAAAAGGGUACCAGAAACCGGCCAGUCAGCAUGGACCUGCUCAAUCUCCCGAGCCGUCGAUCUGACUGGGAUUUGAGAUAUCCCCAGAACAGGCAGCUCCCCACACUCCCGCUGAACCCCGGCGAGGACAAAGACCACACGUAUUCAGAGGUGGGGAGGCCCUCGUCUCAGCCCCACUGCCCUGAAGACGCCCUGUAUGAGAGUGUGGGGGGCAGAAAUGAGGCAGGAGCAGCAGCAGCCACCACCGCCGUCCAGCCCAAGCAUCUGAAACAGCCUCCCCAGAGCCAUGGGAACGGCAGUAUGGCGCUCUCUCCUAGCCAGGAGCCCUGCAGGCAGGCUGAGGACUCUGUGACCGCAGAGUAUGCCUGUGUGCGGAAAGUCAGGAAGACCGAUAAGGCCCAGCAGCUUGAGAACAGUGCCAAGCCAGUAGAGCAGGAAACCCGCUACUCAAACCCAGAGAUGCUCCCCGGUCAACGCAAACAUGAUCCCUCAAGGAUAAACGGCAUGGACGCUUUCUAUUCACAUUCCUUCCCAAAGGACUCUGGCUUUGUGGGCAAUGGGGAGCAGUAUAUCUGGAAGCCCCCGGAAGAAGAUGGUGACGGAUCGACCCUCUAUCCAGGAAAUUCAGGGGUGCAGAACUUCUCCCAUGCUGACCUAACCCCAGGACCUGCCAAUCCAGAUGAGAUAUCAGACAUGUACUCGAAAGUGUGCAAACCAUUCAAGAAGAAGAGACCUCCCGCCUCCCCUCCAGUCCCAUUCAAUCAGGGAGCCCAGGAGAACAAUCCACCCCAGAACCAGGGCUGGUCAGCAGAACCACAGGAGGGCACGGGGCAUGGCGUCGUCCGAGCCCAAGCGUGGGUCGGAGGAGCCCAGGCAAUGAAACCCAACGAGGACCCCAGCUACGAAGCCAUCAACGAGAACGCCUGGGUCAGGAACGAGGAGACGGACCCAGCGUACGAGUCCAUCGAUGCCAACUGGAAGAGAGAAAAAAACCCUGGCCCCCCGGCAGGCAAGAAGAUAAAGAACAGGGCACCGCCGAGACCCUGCUCCGACGAGAACUUGUACGAAAACAUCAGUGACCUGAAACAAGGAGCCACAACAAGCACCACAACAGUCUUCAUGUUUAACGAUGGCAUUGAGAUGUACGUGACGGGACUAUAGUGACCCACCAAAAAAAAACAAAAUGAUAAUCAUCCACUCUCAACACUUGUGUGUCAUUCUCGCACUUUGUUAAUCACACUCAAAAAAUCUCUUGCAAUGCACAGCCGAAUAGUGAAAGUAAAGUUCCUCACCUGCAUUUACUUGUUGUCGUAACAGUGAAGAGACACAUUAAUAAUGCAAUGAGCAGCGGUGGUUUACAUUGGAUUUAGAUUCAUUCUAUCAGAGGGCCAAAGUUGGGUAAGGGUUGACUAAUGAGUGGGAUCUGUUUUUGAGUACAUUUAGGACACAUUGUUAUACUUCAGAUGCUGUUUUUGAGAAGGAAGUGCACUGUAACAACUGCAUGUUAGGUAUGUGUGCAUUUCACUACACUUUUCUACUGGCUUGACAAGGUUUCUUAACUUUAAGGUGUAAAAUUCACUCAGAAAUGCCCUUAGUGGCUAGUCAGCCCCUGCAGUUAUCACUGACAUACCCGUCAUCUGACUGUGAAGUGUCUGCAUGAUGGAUAAUCCUUCCCAGGUCAGGAUGCGAUUCCAGGCACCUCUGCCACACAUUGUGGGUAGCCUGUGGAUGAAGGGAGGAUUCCAAAGACAACGGUUUAUGUGGAGGACAAAAUUACAAGCAUGAGUGAUUUUUUGGAGACUGGCCCUCCUUGGUCAGUACCCAAAAAUCUGUUUUAUUUCCAUUAUUUGCAAACAAAAUAUUUUUUCUAUUUGGCUUAUGAAGAGGUACAAUAAGCAAACCUACAAAAAAAAAGAAGCUCAGGGAAAGAAUAAAAAAUGCUGUACAAGGAAGAAUUGAUAACAGGAUUAUUCUUGAAAGCAAGAUGCUGUAUUUUGCAAUGUACUUUUUUGUCCCUUUAGUCAAGGUUACAAAGCACUGUAUAUUUUCUAUAAGCACUGUUUUUACAAACAAUAAGUAAAAUAAUAAUAAUAUUACUUUACACAACAGGCUGAGGCACUGCCAUGCUUAGGUAUAUUAUAUUUUUGUUACCACUCUUAAUGCCAGUUGCUUGCUUAAACAUGCUGCAUGCCCGUACCAUACUGUAUUAUCACACCACUUGAUGCAAUUGAAGUAUUAGAUUGCAAUUUCAAGAAUACUGUACUAGGCUGGAUGUAGGCACUUUUCAGAGUUCUCUCUUCCUCCAGUCCAUCUAGAUGUUUCAUAUCUCCAAUCAUUUUUAUUUUAUAGUUCUUUUUUUUUUUUAAUUAUUUGUGAUCACUACAGACCUUGGCUGGGUUUCAACCACAGACCAAGAGGUGAAAGGCCAUCCCAGCCCUUAAUGUGCUUUAAACACACAGACAAGAACCAGCAUAGAAAACACAAGGAGAUUCUCAUUCUUUAAAGCAACACUUGCACAAUGCAGCAUGACACCUCCCUCGAUGCUAUGGUCUAUGUCUUCUUUGACUGCCUGAUGGUUAAGUUUUUGGGUGUUUCUGAAAUGCAGUACUCUCUAAAUCACUAGUUCAUGGAUUGUUGGAUUGCAGAAGGAAUUCUACAGCAUACAGUAAAGUCUGGGAGAGGGGGGCUGUAUUUAGAUCGACUGCUGUUUAGAUUAUUGAAUUAUACUUUUAUAAUGAUUUUCAUAAAGUAUUCUGUAUUUCUUUGAGUAGAUGCUGACGUUUUCGUUUAAGCUUUCAGUUUCUAGGUAAAAGGGUAAUGUAUGUGUUUUGCUGAGAGUUGGCGCUUUGUACAUCCUGGACAUGAAUCUUUUAAGUGUUCAAAUUCUGUUCAAUGUUUUACUUCUUUUACUUCUUUUUCCUUAUUGCAAAGCAAUGUUUAAACCUAUUGAAAUAAACGAGGCAGCUCUGUUCUUCUGUUAAAUGUAAAAAGUAAGUGAAAUUAAGUGCUUAUGUGCAAAAGAUUGUAAUGGUUUUUUUUUUUUUUAGAUAUAUUGAAAAGUAUUUUAAUUAUUUAAAAAAAAUGUGGAUGCAGUUUAUACUUUUGUAAUAAAGUAGCACCUUAAAACUGUGAA